AUGUCGAUUAAACAACAAAAAUUUGAUUCUAACUUUUACACAAAAUUAAAUAAUUUAGAAUAAAGAUUCUAUUAAUAAGAAGCAGAUAAAGAAGAUUUAGAGCAACUAGUAUUAAGUAUUGGAGAACUUGUGAUGUUUUAUGAUUUAAAAAAGGAUCCGAUCAAAUAAUAUUUUUUAGAAAAAAUGUAAUUCAUUUUAUCAAGGCCUUUUACAUUGUUAAAUUUGAAAGAUUAAAAGGCCUUAAAUUAAAAUAAAACCCCUUUAACUCAUAGGCAUCAACAUAAUUUUUCAUUGCCAGUUUUAAAGUUGGAAAAACAAGCACAAGUUCAGUCAGAUCUAAACAACAGUUUUGAAAAAAUAAAAGUAAUGCAGGAAGUAUAAAAUUAUUAAAUUUUAGGAUUAUGAAAUGCAAUAAAGAGAUUAAGAGGAACUGAUCCAUCAUGAUAUUGAUAAUUAAAUGAGUGCAUUAAAAAAAAAGAUUAUUAUUAGAAAUCAGAAUAGAAAUAACCACAAUCAUGUAAAUCAUUCUUCUAAAUUUGUUUCUAAUUCCAAGUUAAGUGAUACAAAAACAAGUGAUGAAGAAUAAACAAAAUGA